CUCCGUCACCAUGAGAUGGUGCAUGCAUACUCCGUUAUGUCGCAAUUAAAAAUUAUAUUAACGAGAUCAGAAUCUAAAACUUAACAAAUUUACAUACACGCUAAUAAUACCAUCGAUACGCUCUUUCGGGAAUAUUUAAUUGAUAAAGGGACAUCUGUUCUCUAUGAGAUUGUUUCAAGUCGGUGCAAGCUCUCUUGUUUGACAGCGGUCGUAAUGACGGUCAGCACCACGCCGCUUGUGUCGUUUUGUUACUUGCAUUCACUAAAUGUUAUAAUUUGUUUAGUUUAGUCGUUGUUUUCUACAAAUGCUGUGCAGCUUAUUUUCUGAAAGUUUACUUUUCUUAGACGUAUUUUGAUGUCAUCAAGAAGCCCUGUUUAAAAAGGAUUCUUGAGUAAAUAAUUUCGAUUAACGCUCUUAGUUACUCGCGUAGCAACUAAUAAACAAUAGAACUCGAAGUGAUCCAUACGCCCAGUUCGGGCAUGUACUUUAAAGUGAUAGUUCUCUUUGAAUCGGUUUCUGUUUUUAUUUGUGUAUCUAUUUUUGUUUUGUUCAUAAAGUCUACUAAAUUCUUACCUCAUUUUAAUAUCGAAUCAAGUAUAUUGUUAAGAACUAAUUUCUUCGUCGGUGUAAAAUAUCCGUGAGUGGUUCUAUCGCAGUUGAUGGCGAACUAUAGGGCAAUUUUCGGUAUACUUCUGCCCUUCUAGCUCGUUUCAGUACUGACGAAACAUAACAUAUUUUCAAAGUAGCAGUCGAUGCUACCAAGUUCCAAAAAGCAUUAUCAAAGUGGUCUUAAAAGCGGAAAUGGGGCGAUUGACAAUAGACCUAAUAACCAGAGGUACAUCAGGUUAUGCAAAAAAGAAGAGGGAUGAAACCCCCCAACAGUAUGUACGACGACUUACACAUCUCUACCUGGAAAACAGAAACAUUUCAGAAGUGGGAGAAGAACUAAUGCUCUGUAGAAAUUUGGUUGUUCUGUAUUUGUAUGACAAUUGCCUGACAGAUGUGCCUUGUCUCAAUCACAACUGCAAUCUGACUCACCUUUACCUUCAAAACAACCUUAUUAGCAAGAUAGAAAACUUAUCUGCACUAACAAAACUGAGCAAACUGUAUCUGGGUGGUAACUGCAUCACAGUGGUUGAAGGCUUGGAAAAACUUCAGCAACUGCAGGAGUUACAUGUGGAGAAUCAGCAAUUGCCAGCUGGCGAGCAACUCUUGUUUGAUCCUCGUUCUCUUAAUGCAGUGUCUAAAUCUCUGGAGGUGCUGAACGUGUCAGGCAACAAGUUAGAGUCCUUAAGAGAUCUAGAAGUGCUGCAAGGCCUGACCCAGCUGUAUGCAUCAGACAACCUUUUGAAUGACAUCAAGGAAUUGUCACAGCUGCUACCAUUCUGGACAAAACUCUGGAGAUUAGAACUAGUCGGAAACCCCUUAUGUCACAAGUCAAAGUACAAGGACAAAAUUAUCAUCAUGGGCAAAAAUCUGGGCAUGCUUGAUGGCAAAGAGGUAACAGAUACUGCUAAACAGUUCUUAUGCAACUGGCAUGCAACAAGAGAAACACAGAAGAAAAAACGUGAAGAGUUUACUCGUCAAGGUUCUUUCACAGGAGACCUGCCACCUGUUAAUCAGCACUACCCAUUGAAGCAUUCUGGCACAAGAUUAGGGUAUCUUAUGCCUGGGCUACCCAGAAAAGAAUUUGAUGAGAUUCUUUCAAGAAAUCAUGGAUUUGGGGAAGGAGGGCCAUCAAAGAUUCAGAGUGGUGUAUUUCGUUCAAAUUUAAGGAAGAAAUUGUCAUCAAUAAAAGGCAGUUACAAAGAAUCAGCAGGCCACUGGCUACCGUGAAUACAGAAAAACCACCUUAUCUUCAGCUCCUUUGCGACGGAAUCCUUUGACAAGCAUCAGCAUUGAGAUGACUAGAAGUCUGCAUCCAAUGCACAACAUUGCUCCAUUUUAGUCAUUCCAUUAUUUUCUCAGCAUUAUUUACUCGUUAGAAACACUUUCAUUUGCCUACACAUUAGAUUUGUCAUUAGACUCAUUAUGUGGCUAUUUUUGAAAUGGGUUUUCUAUGAUGAGGUGUGUCUGUGCUUAUGUGUUUGUAGGUGUGCAUGUCUUUACUGUAAAACUGAUGACACACAUGAUCCAUGCUCAGUUUGUGUUUUUUUGGGUUGUUUUUUGUUGUGAGCUGGGGUUAAGUUUGGGUCAAUUUAUUGGUGGGCUUGGGUAAGGGGGUUAGGGUUUAAGGGUAAAAAGACUUAACAAUCCCAACCAACUUUUACAUUGUUAAUUUUUGUAUGGGAGCAUGAUAAGUGAGGAUUUUUUUGUGGUGUGGACUUGGAACCUAAGGGAACUGGAGACAUCAUUGGUUUGCAAAUGAAGUUACAUAGAUUGGUUUCAGAGGACUGCUCUGUCUCUUUCGUCUCAUCCCCAGAUCUACAUCUACUUUGGCAUCUUCUGUCACCUAUGUACAAGUGAAUGGUGUGUGUGUGUGUGAAAUGGGAGGAUGGGUGGUAGGAUGUGAGUGUAUAUAUGAGAGGUGUGUGCCUUGCUAUAAAUGUCUCUGCCUUAUUGAACAAUCAAAAAAUUGCUAUUUAUAUAAUUUACAGUACAGAUUGUGCAUUUUGACCUCUAAUAUUGGACAUAAACAAAACAGUUAACAGAAAAAAA